CGCGGGCCGGAACCCGGGAGUCGGGGCUCCCCAGCCACACCCCUCGCGGGAUUUAAAGGGGAAGGAGGGGCCGGGUCGGGUCGAAGCCCGAACCCAGGGAGCGGGCAUGAGGCGCUGCCCGUGCCGGGGGAGCCUGAGCGAGGCAGAGGCCGGGGCGCUGCCGGGGGCGGCCCGCAUGGGGCUGGAGGCGCCGCGAGGGGGGCGGCGGCGACAGCCGGGGCAGCAGCGACCUGGGCCCGGCGCAGGGGGCCCGGCGGGACGGCCGGACGGGGGCGGGCCCCGGGCCAGCAACGAGGGGUCCGGCCUCUACAGCGAACCCGAGAGGGUCGGCCUUGGGCCUGAGCCGGGGACAGACGGACAGGCUGAACCUGGAGCAGCUGACCUCGGAGCGGAGACCGAGCGGCCCGGCCCAAAGACAGAGACGGACCUAUCUAGCCUCCGGACAUAUCCAGAAAGGAGCAGCCACUGGUCAGAGCCCGAGACAGCCAGUCCCUGGACGGAAUCUGGGACGGAUGGCUUUUGGACUGAUCCACACAGGUCUGACCUCCAGUCUCAGCCAGAGAGGGCCAGCCUAUGGGCACAGCCCGUGGUUGAUGGGCCCUGGACAGAGAUAGAAAUACGUGGGUCCCAGACCCAACCAGAAAGGGCCAAGACCUGGGCUGAUAACCUUUGGACCCUUAGGAACAGGUCCGGCCUCCGGACUGAGCUAGAGGGGGCCUGUCCCUCAACAGAGCCAAGAGCCGAUGGCUCCUGGAAAGACCUGUGCACUGAUGGCUCCCAGAUACAACAGGAUACUAAAACAGCCUGGAAACAGGUUGGCACUGAUGGUUUCCCAGCACAGCAAGAUGCUGUUGGCUCCUGGACACGGCCUGGCACUGAUGGUCCCCAGGCACGAGAUACUCACGGACCCCAGACAGAACCUGGGACAGACUGCCUUUUGGGGGAGUCCAAGCAGGAUGUCCCAUUAGAGGAGCCAGACCCCGGGCAGCUGGGGGCGCACCUGUACUCUCGCCUGGAGUAUAGCCCCCUGACCCCUGUACCCCGCCUCAUCAUCACUCCUGAAACACCUGAGCCUGAAGCUCAGCCAGUGGGACCCCCCUCCCGGGCUGAGGGGGGCAGUGGCGGCUUCUCCUCUGCCUCCUCUUUCGACGAGUCUGAGGAUGAUGUGGUGGUGGCCGGGGGCGGAGGUGCCAGCGACCCCGAGGACAGGUCUGGGAACAAACCAUGGAAGAAACUGAAGACGGUUCUGAAAUAUUCGCCCUUCGUGGUCUCCUUCCGAAAACACUACCCUUGGGUCCAGCUGUCGGGACAUGCUGGGAACUUCCAGGCAGGAGAGGACGGUCGGAUCCUGAAGCGUUUCUGUCAGUGUGAGCAGCGCAGCCUGGAACAGCUGAUGAGCGACCCGCUGCGCCCCUUCGUGCCCGCCUACUACGGCAUGGUGCAGCGCGAUGGCCAGGCCUUCAACCAGAUGGAAGACCUCCUGGCGGAUUUCGAGGGCCCCUCCAUCAUGGACUGCAAGAUGGGCAGCAGGACCUACCUGGAGGAGGAGCUGGUAAAGGCACGAGAGAGGCCCCGGCCCCGGAAGGACAUGUAUGAGAAGAUGGUGGCCGUGGACCCCGGGGCCCCCACCCCGGAGGAACACGCCCAGGGCGCCGUCACCAAGCCCCGCUACAUGCAAUGGAGGGAGACCGUGAGCUCGACCUCCACCUUGGGCUUCCGGAUUGAGGGCAUCAAGAAAGCCAGUGGGACCUGCAACACCAAUUUCAAGAAGACACAGGAGCUGGAGCAGGUGACAAAGGUGCUGGAGGACUUUGUGGACGGGAACCGUGGAAUCCUGAGAAAGUACGUGGCACGCCUGGAAGAACUCCGUGAAGCUCUGGAGAACUCCCCCUUCUUCAAGACCCAUGAGGUGGUGGGCAGCUCCCUCCUCUUUGUGCACGACCACACCGGCCUGGCCAGGGUCUGGAUGAUCGACUUCGGCAAGACAGUAGCCCUGCCUGACCACCAGACGCUCAGCCACCGACUGCCGUGGGCAGAGGGCAACCGCGAGGACGGGUACCUCUGGGGUCUGGACAACUUGAUCCGCCUCCUUCAGGGGCUGGCUCAGGGCUGAGCCCCUCGCCCACCACCGGGUUGAUUUAUUGGGUGGUGCCCAUCUGGCUGGCAGUGCCCCGAGAUCAGCCAUGGGGGUUGACCUCGGGGAUGGGAGGGGUUGGUCUGCACACCACGUGAGACAUGAGCGGAAGGUCUGAAGGGCCUUGGAGACCCGGUAGCGCCCGCCUCUUUCACGACACAGAGGUUUUAAGGACUGGAGAGGGGACGCGCCCAUGGCCGCAUUCCACCUCGCAUCAGAACCGGACCGGGCCCUCUGCCCAGCCACGGAGGUUUCUGAGGGGGCUGCCGGAGGCCACGACGCCACCGGGAGCCCUGACAGAACACAGUCCAGGUGCCACGGGGAAUACGUGUGACGCCGCAGGGAUGACCGCAAUCACUGUCUCCUUGUCAGCCCCCUCCUGGCCGCAAGCUGGCUCCUGGAGGCCUGGGAAGGGGGAAUGUCCUCUCUGGUGCCAGGGGGGAACCAGACCUCACCUGUGAGCAAAGGCAGGAGCCACCUGUCUGCCUGGGAGAGUUACAACCCCUCUGUUCAUCUGGGGGCCAUUCCAUUGCUGAGAGGUUCGGGAGGGUGACACCGCAGGGCUGAGAGCUGCCCUUGAGCGGGACCCAGUUCGCCCGGUCCGCCCUCCCCUGGCCCCAUGGGAUCCUCCCCCCUUCCUGACAGAACUCUUGACCCCCUGCAGACCAAGACCACAGCCGUGUCCUGUGCCAGCUCUGACUAGCACAACCUCGUUCCUCGGGCCUCCCUCCCCCCACCCCGGUCCCCCUUGCCCUUGCUCCUUGCCAACUGGUGGCAGGAGGGGGCUUUCAGAUCUGGAAGAGGAGGCUUGGGAAUCAGAGCUGCCUUCCUCCAGAGGUACAGCGUAGGUGGCUGCGACCCAGGGCUGGCAGCCUGAUCCAAACCAAAGACCCCAGCACCUUCUCAAGUGUGGGUGACGCCCCUCCGUCCCCCUCCUCCUACACCUGUACCUUUGGCUUCCUAGCCUAGGAGGCUGGGAACCAGGCACCUCCCUCUUCCCUAAGCUGAAGCCCUAGAGUGUCUUCCGGGCCUGAGGAGGCGGCUCCUUUUUCUACCGACCAACUGUCUUUAUACUUAUUUAUAUGAGAGGUAGUCAUUAGCUGGGGCAGCGCCGGGGGACAGGAGGCAAAAUCGCUUCAUCUGCUUCCAUCCCCCCCGUGACGAUGCCCCAAUAAAUCACAUUCAACGUCAA